CUCUCCGACGAAUUCCUUCAUUGUAUCACGAACUCGAGAAUCUAUAUUGUAAAAUUUAUAACUUGUUAGUAAAGUGUUCGUUGGAAGGAACGGAAAAAAUCUGUGCAUUCGAUCGCUCCAUAACCUUGCAUCUUUCUCUCUCUUUUGCUAUGCACUUAAACUGGUUUUCCGAUGUCCGAAGGUUUUCCGAUCAGUAUUGUCGUCACGUAUGCAAAAACGAAACAGGUUUAGCUCUUACAAUAUAUAAGAGACGUAUUGUCUUAGUGAAAUUAGUGAAAUUAGUGUCUCCCUUACAUACACCCACUCGCAGAUCAUAGCUGAAAUUAAAGUAAGUGAGGUAAAUCAGUAUUACUUCAUGCAAGUACCGAACACAGAUACUGACAGGAUGAGUGACGAUUUGUUAGAUACUAACGAUUCCAACCAAUCCAAAAUAGUACAUUGUAGGAACAAGACCAAUAUUCAAGAAACGCAGAUACAAAAGUUCUACGCGAACCAGACGAUCUUCAUUACAGGCGGAACUGGAUUUCUCGGGAAGGUCUUGAUUGAAAAAUUGCUGCGAAGUUGUCCCAAUAUCUCUAAGAUAUAUGUGGUGAUAAGAUCAAAGAAACACAAGAGUGCCACGAGCAGACUGGUCGAAAUUUUCGAGAGUUCCCUAUUCGAUCGACUGAGGGAAGAGACGCCUAACUUUCGUGACAAAGUCGUGCCGCUCGUGCAAGUCAACGAAUUGUACGAAAAAAACCUAGGACUUACGAAGGAUGACAUAGAUCUAGUGAUAAACAAGGUAUCGAUAAUUUUCCACUUAGCGGCGACUGUACGCUUCAAUGAGGACAUAAAAGUCGCUGCAAAAAUAAACGUGUACGGCACCUAUGCUAUUUUGAACUUGGCCAAACGUAUGCCAAACUUAAAGUCAUUUAUUCACGUAUCGACUAUAACUGCUCACUGCUUGCCCACGGUGACACACAUAGAGGAAUGUUUCUACAAAUAUACCAUAGAAUCUAAAGAAUUUCUUACUCUAAUGCGAACAUCGUCUGAAAACACGAUCGACGAGAAGAUAUUAAGAGCUGCCGCACAGUGGCCCAACACUUAUACAUUCACAAAAGCAAUCGCUGAAGUAGUUAUUAGAGACAGCAGCGAAAGUUUGCCCAUCGGAAUUUUUCGGCCAUCCAUCGUGAUGAAUACCGUCCGCGAACCGCUCGUGGGAUGGAUAGAUAAUUAUUAUGGACCAAUAGGAGUGACGGUGUCUAUCGCUAAAGGCCUAACAAGGUUUUUCAGGGCCGAUUCUGAUUGUUUAAUAAAUUUCGUACCUGCCGACAUCACCAUAAAUGCUUUAAUUGCCGCCGCGUGGGAUGUUUUCAAUCAACCGCAAAAGAGAGGUGACAAAAUGAUAAUUUAUAAUAGCGUAUCGACAAACGACGCGCCUUUAUUUAUGGGUGAUUAUACCAAUCACAUACGAUUAAACGUUCGAAAAUAUCCGACGAAGCACUGCUAUUGGAUGCCAACUAUUACAUUGGUAAAAAAUAAGAUUAUAUACAAAAUGUGUAUUUGGUUUGGCCACCUGCUGCCCGCUUUAUUCAUACAAAUCUUUCAACAAUGCAUAGGUGCUCGGCAAAGAAUAUGGAAAUUGUACAAUAUGAUUCACAAGUAUCAGGAUGCAGUUAGUUACUUUACUUUGCAUAAUUGGAUACACAGCGAUGAUAACAUUCAGGCGAUGUGGCGAAGCAUGGACAAAAAUGAUCAGUGUUUAUUCGACUUUAACAUGAAAGGUUUUGAUUGGUCGAAAUAUUUGGAUGAUCAUUUCAAAGGUGUGCGGCUUUACUUGCUUAAGGAUGAUUUAAGUACUUUGGAAAAUAGUCGUAUCAAAUUGAAGAGAUUGUACUGGAUACAUCAAGUGACAAAGUUCUUGCUUACAUUCAUCGUCUUUAUGUUGGUCUGGAAAUUAUUUUAAGAAAUAUUUUCGUAAUCUUGACUAAUUCCAUGCGCAAUUAUAAUAUCAAAUGGGCGCAAUAAGCACGCAUUAUAUAAUUUUGGUGAAGGAUAAUUAAAAAAAAACAGUGUUUAAAUAAAGAAAUAAAUAAUAAUUUAUGUAGAAAACACAAUCAGAUAAAAAAUGAUCUUAUGUAUAUGUACGUAUGUGUCAUACAUUAAAUCUUAAUCUUAAUCUGAUUAAUUAACUACCUGACGAACGAAAUUAUAUAUCUUCAUUCUAGAUUUUCAGUUUCAACCGAACCUGGGCAACAUUGAGUUUUCUGUAUUUCAGUAUAUAUAAAAAAAGAAUAAGAAAAACAUAUACCAGUACAUAAAAGAGAAAGAUGAUAGACAAAAGUUUUGUAUAAGAUAGAUACAUUUUAUUUGGCUAACUUAUAUAUUCUGCAUUUUAAAAAAGUAACAUAAAAUAUACCAUUAUCCCUUUUGAAAUGGGUCAUGUGGUUAUGGUAAAAUUUAAUAUUUUAUAAAAAUAUUAAAUUUAAUUUAAUGUUUUAUAAAAAUAUUAAAUUUUAUCAUAACCACAUGACAUUUCAAGGGGGAUAAUGAUAUAUUUUAAGCUUCUUUUUUAAAAAGCAGAAUCCAAUAUUUAAGUUAGCCAAAUACUUAUACUUAACGAAAUACUUACACUUUGUUUAUAUAUACCGAAAGCUCAAUAUUGUCCAGGUUCGGUUGAAACUGGAAAUCUAGAAUGAAGAUAUAUAAUUUCGUUCGUCAGGUAAUUAAUUAAUCAGAUUAAGAUUAAGAUUUAAUGUAUGACACAUACGUAUAUAUACAUAAGAUAGUUUUUUAUCUGAUUGUAUUUCCUACAUAAAUACGUGUUUCAUCGAUUAAAAGAAAAAAAUAAAUUAUAAUAAGAGAUAUUUAUUUAUUCUUCGCCGCACAGCAAUACUAUAUAAUAAUAUAAAAUUAAAAGAAUUAAGAAUUAUGGCACCCUUGAUAGAAACUUAGACUCCCGAGAAGUACACAUCAAUACGCAAGAAGAUACGCUCAAACUGACGCGACCGUGUUCGUGAAGCUCACGUGCUGUCAAAGUCAAAGUUUCUAUCACUGUAUGCCACAUAUAUAGAUUAUAAGUAGCAUGCGAUAUUAAUCAGUAAGCUUAUGAAGCGCUCACACACACCACUGAUACUAAUUAAAUCACUUAUUGCUUUCAUUUCAUUGCUCUAAGACAUUUUUAAAUAUAUUUUAAUAAAAUAAAUUUAUUAAGUGUUGAAAUGUA